CUAUAUGAAAUCUCGAGUCUUGAGAAAUACUGGUUGGUCGACAUACGCGUUGUCAUAUUAUGUCAAGCGAUGGUCAAAAGAUAUCAGCUCGGUUAAUUUGAGGACAAUUUUUAGCUAGGUCAAAAUGUUGACGGGAUUCGUCAAGUAAAAUACAACAUGCACUGUGGCGUAGGUGUUUGCCCUCUUCUUAAAAGUUCGCUUAGAGGUACGAUUAUAUGACGAGUUCCUUUAAAGCCUUCC